AUGCUUCAAUCAAAACAUCAAAAUAAACAAUUACCUGUUGAAUUACUAUCUGAUAUAUUCAAAGCUACAGAUUAUUCAAUGAUGGAGAAUUUGUCGGUAAACUGUUAUAAUACCAAAUCGGUGUGUUUAAAGUCAAUAAAAGAAUGUCAAAAAUUGUGGGGAAGACGUAUUAUUGCUUUGUUAACUUCUUCCUCAAUUAUUUAUUUUUUUAUUGGGAAGAAGUUUAAAGAAAAAUGGCGUUCGACACAAGAAAUUAUUGAACUUGUUGAAGAUAAAAUGUUAAAAUUGAAAGAAAAAAUGGCUAGACUCGAUGAGAACACAAAAUUGUUAGAAGAAAAGACAACAAAAAUUAUGAAACGAUUAAAGGAGAAGGAAGAAAAAGAGGAGGAGGAUGCCCCAAUUGCAAAACGUACUCGUUCACAUUCACCGAAAAAUUAG